AUGCUCACCCUCAAUGACAGCAAGUGCAGGCAGCCUACCUCCUUCCUUCUGGCAGGCAUCUCUGGCCCUGGGGCUGGACCUCAGCCCUGGCUCUACGUCCCAUUCUGCUUCAUGUACCUUGUUGCACUUGUCGGCAACAGCCUGAUCCUCGCCGUGAUCAAGCUGCAUCCAACACUUCAUGAGCCCAUGUACCUGUUCCUCUCCAUGCUGUCCCUGGCAGACAUCGGCCUGUCCAUCUCCACCUUGCCAACGAUGCUCCAGGUGUAUGCCUUGGGCUCCAGGGAGGUGGCUGCUGACUCCUGCCUCACCCAGCUCUUCUUCAUCCACACCUUCUCCAUCCUGGAGUCCUCCGUCCUGCUGGCCAUGGCCUUCGACCGCUAUGUCGCGAUACGGCACCCUCUGAGGUACGUCUCAAUGUUGACCAGAGCAUGGGUCGGUUGCAUCGGUUUGGCCAUCGUCAUCCGGGGAGUUGGGCUGCACAUCCCAGCCCCCAUCCUCUUGAGGAGGUUGCCCUUCUGCGAAAGCCACCAGCUCUCUCACUCUUACUGCUUGCACCCGGACGUGAUGAAGCUGGCCAGUGCUGACACCUCCCUCAACAGCAGCUACGGCCUCUUCGUCCUCCUCUCCACCCUGGGACUGGACUCCUUGCUCAUCGUUGUCUCCUACACCUUGAUCCUCAGAACCGUGCUGAGCAUUGCCUCCUGGAAGGAGCGAGCCAAGGCCCUCAACACCUGCGUCUCCCACUUCUGUGCGGUCCUUCUCUUCUACACUCCCCUCAUCAGCCUCUCCAUGAUCCACCGCUUCUGGAGGAAGGCUCCCCACCACACCCACAUCUUCCUGUCCUACCUCCACUUCCUGGUCCCUCCGAUGCUGAACCCCAUCGUCUAUGCCCUGAAAACCCAGCAGGUGCGUAAGGAGAUAAUCUGGGUGUUCCAUCAAAGCACCCUGAGGAAGAGGGGUAUGGAGAGGAGGCGGAGGUGA